AUGACACUUUGGGAGGUCUCCAAUAACCAUCGACGGAGCAUCGCUGUUAUAUGUGGAGUUGUUGCAGCAAUCGGCCUUGCAGUUUAUCUCUUCCGCGAUGAGACUGACGAUGAGCGUGAACAGAGUUCUAGGAAGAAGGCUGCCAUUCCACCAGGGAAGAGGCCUUUCUAUCCGACGACUGAGUGGCAGAAGGUUGAGGCAGAUCAAGUGUGUCCUGCUGGACUUGACUUCAGGAUGGAUGUUUCUACUGGCGAAAGCUUUGCUCGUUUACCCUCCAAAUAA